AUGGGAUUAUUGAAGGCUGCUGAGUUGGGAGUCUCUGAUUUUUUGGUAGCAUCAAACUCGCAGGAAGUUGUGGCUUUGCUGAAAGGAAAUGGAGAGCUCUGGAGUAAUCUGGCCGCGUUCGGUAAUCGGGUAGCUCACUCUUUGGCACAGUUUGGGCUACGAGAACAGCAUCAUUCUUUCUGGGAUGGUCUUGCUCCUGACUGGCUUGUAUCAUUGUUGGUAACAGACAUGGAGGGUGGGUAG